AUGGUCCAUAGAAUCAAACUUCUUAUCCAAAAACGUACAUCGUUAAAGGCUCAGAUAACGAAUUUGACUAAUAUCCUCGAUGAGAAUAGAUGGGAUAACGCGACGUUAAAAUUAAGAAUAGCGCGUCUCAAGGAAUUAUAUCACGCGUUCGAAGAUCAUAAUGACGAACUCGCGAUAUUAGAUGCAAACGACGAGCAUCAAAACGAAUUUACUCAUAUUCAAGAUCAAUUUUAUUCUCUCGCGAGCAGGGUGGAAAAUAUCUUAAAUACUACGAAUUUAUCAUCCGCGAGUACGAAUGCAUCAAGCGAUGAAAUUCGAGAAAGACCGUCCGGACCCCCACCUAUUCAAAAACAACGAAUUAAGUUACCCAAAGCUCCUUUGCCAACAUUUGAUGGGAAAGACGAAGGCUGGCUUUCGUUUAAAAACGCGUUCGACAACAUGAUCAUUUCUCGCGCUGAUUUAUCGGAUCUGGAUAAGCUACAAUAUCUAAAGUCAGCAUUAACUGGCGCAGCUGCCAAUAAAAUAAAGAUUUUUGCAUCCGACGGUAUAGAGUUCACGAAGGCGUGGGAACUUUUGGAAAAGGCUUACGAAGUAAAACGAAUUUUAAUCUCGCGACACAUUUCAUUGAUCAUGAAUCUUCCGACUUUAGAAAAGGAAACUACAAACGGUUUGUCCAAACUCGCCGACGAUACCCAGCAACAUGUCGCGUCUCUUAACGCGUUAAGUGUCUCUGUCGGGGAAGAAAUAAUUGUUCACAUCAUAGAAACUAAAUUACCGAAGAAUACUCUAGAAAAAUGGGAGGCCAUUCUUGAAAGGGAUGAAUAUCCGAAACUUGAACAGAUAUACGAAUUUUUAUAUAAAACAGCGGUAUGCGCCUCGAAACGCGAAAGGUCGAAAUCAACCGAUGUAGAUAGACAUAAAGACGAAUACAGUGCCAAGAAACGACAAAGAACCUCUUUGAAUCAAGCCUUUUUCUUAAAUACAUCACGGAAUUGUAUCGCGUGUAAGAUCAAACAACAUCCGUUGUACUUAUGCACUAGAUUUAAGGGGAUGCUGGAGUGA